GAACAAACCUGUAGUGCGUAGUGUAAGAUGGCGUUCCGCGCGAUACAGGCAUAUCGAUUGUGUGUGUGGGGCGGCCGGCAUGGGUGAAGGCCGUCGGAUGCCACAUAAUUUUCGUAACGGCUCUUCGCAAGGCUCAAAACUGUUCGGAUAGAUCGAACGAUGAGCACGACCGGGAGAUGAUGCCGGGCACUUCUCGCCAGCUGGAAACACUGAACGAUUGUGAGUGGGAUACUUUAAUGGAGGUCCAGCAUGAGCCGAUUGAAAAAAACUAUCAGCUGCUUGAAGAAAUUGGAAAGGGUCAAUUUGCUAUUGUACGAAAAUGCAAGGAAAUAAAAACUGGGGCAUUGUAUGCCGCAAAAAUUAUGAGGAAAAGACGGGUUGCCAGAGGUGUAGCUGCUGCAGAUAUUGCAAGGGAAGCCGGUCUUUUAGCUCGGCUGAGGCAUCCUAAUAUUGUCUCCUUGUACAAGGUGAUAGACACUGGAACGACAGUGGUGCUGCUCUUGGAAUUGAUUUCCGGAGGUGAACUGUUCCAUUGGACUCCGUCCGGUGAAGCGGAGGCCGCGCAUGUGGUGCGUCAAGUUUUAAUGGCACUUAGUCACUUACACUCCCAUCAAGUUGCUCAUCUGGAUAUUAAACCUGAAAAUAUCCUAUUAUCGACGCCACCGCCGAUGCCUAGCAUCAAGCUGAUAGACUUGGGUUUAUCUCAUCGGCUGGUACCCGGUUCCGAGCACAGAGCGUUAUUCGGCACACCGGAGUUCGUAGCGCCAGAAAUUGUGAAUUAUGAGCCCCUCAGUUUGGGCACCGAUCUUUGGGCAGUCGGUGUGUUGACAUACAUUCUCUUGAGCGGUGCUUCACCGUUCUUGGGCGAGGACAAGCAAGAGACUUACGCGAACGUCGCUGCAUGCCAAUACCAAUUUGACAAUGAAUACUUCAAUAACGUGUCUGAGAUUGCCAAAGACUUCAUACGUUCCUUGUUGAUCAAGGAUCCGAAGGAGAGAGGGAAUGCUGAAUCGUGCCUUAAACAUCCUUGGAUUCUCACGGAAUCUGAAGCUCCUCAGGGUCUCGGUGGAGCGAUGAUCAGUGCUGUGAAGCGAGGCUGUGUUGAGGCUGUCUCUCAGUUAUUGUUGCAGGGUGCUCCAUUAAAUGUGAAAGACUCUAAAGAAGACACUCUUUUGCAUAUCGCCUGUGAGACUGGUGACGAGGGUAUGACGACUCUACUGAUAGAGAGCGGAAUUGAUCUGGACACGCCGAACAAACAAGGUCUCACGGCGUUACACGUGGCCGCUCGACACGGGCAUAUUAAUCUGGUUAGACACUUGUGCCUUGCUGGUUGCGACGUCGAUAAAUCGAAUCGUGGGAUCAGGGCGGACGUCACCGCGAUUAAGUAUGGAUAUCCGGAUAUCGCCAACUUAUUGGAUAAGUUGCGAAACCCGAAUCAGCGUGAAAAUUACAUUCGUCAGCUGCAGCCGACGCACAGACCGAUAGAUCGGCUGCAUAUACGACUGCUCGGACACUGCGCCUCCGGGAAAUCGUCAUUAAUCAGUUCCCUAAAGUCUGGAAUAUUCAGUUUCGGCUUCUUCCGAAGGUCGAGAAGUCAAAACUGCAGCGCCAAGAGAGAACCAAGUAUUGAAUUGGAUGUGACGAGUAAGCACGGUUCUCUCAGUUUCGAGUACAGCGAUAGUGAGUAUGAAGGUACACAGGGAGUAGAGUGGAGUCGCGGUAAUGUAGGUGGCGAGUGUGUCUUCUGGGAAUUGUGCGGACGUGAGGAAUUCCUGGCGUCUUACCACUACGUGCUCACAUUUCAGCAACCGGCGGUGCAUCUUAUCACAGUCAGUCUGAGAGAACCGCUCACCGUUCAACUUCAGCAGAUCAAAUUCUGGCUGCAAUUCAUCUUGGAUCGUAUCAAUCCGAGUAACGUCGGAUUUGGCGGCAAGUGCAGCGACGUAAAAGUAAUUUUAGUCGGUACUUAUGCGCCGGAACCUUUAGCCCCGAAUUCGAACGGUGGCAAUCUACUCGCACCGCUCUUGCCAUUUCUGAAAGACUUUACGUCGAUUCUCGGGGAGGAGCCUCAAAUGGUAGCACUGGACGCGACUAAUCCCUCUAGUCCCGGCCUCAAACUCCUCAGAUCGUACUUAAAUAACGCGAGGAUGGAAUUUCUCGAGGAUGGACCGGAAGUUGCAGAAAGUAUUCUCCGACGUGACGCGCCGCGUGCUGCGGCUACGUACGUGCCCCUGGCGAAUCUUGAUAAACAGAGCGCCUUAGUGUGGACCGGUCUCGCUGAGGCAUGGAGGACGUAUGUGCAAUCGUUGGAGAUACCGCCGUUGAUGCUCACGCAGGACGAAUUUCUCAAUGAAAUCCGAAAGAUCAAUCCUUUGGUCUGUUUGGAGCACUGCAGACAUCUCGGGCUGCAGUUACAGAAUUUGGGAGAAUGCAUUUUAUUGCCGGGUAACCUGAUAGUACUUAGUCCCGAGUGGUUCUGGCAGGACGUGCUGAAUUGGCAGCUGAGUCCCGAUCAGAGAGGACGGCUGGGCGGCCGAACCACCGGUGUUUACACAUUGGAAGAUUUCCAAGCGCGAUGCCCUUGUCCUGCCGCCCAAGCACUACAAGCCUUGCAAGCGGUCAAUCUAUGCGUGCCGUGUGAGGUAGACGACGAUGAGGUGGAGUACGAGAUACCAUGUCUGAACCUGGUGGAGCGUCUGCCCGGCCUGUGGGAGCCGUGGAAACCGUGCUCCAACGCGUUACCUCACGCUGGCUUACGCCUUUGUCCGGAGGAAGCGCCUUUGUAUCACUUGACCGCGAUAUUUACGCACUUGCAGGCGCAACUGAGAAAGAUCACUCAAACAUGGGAUCCGUCCAACUCCGACCUGUAUCAAUGGUGGCGAGGAUCGAAGCUCUGCGUCGGACCAUGCGAGAGCAUAAUCACUUUCGAGGAAGAGGAGCACAGCUGCAUGGAGAUCCAAGUCCGCGGGCCGCGCGGUUCCAGUACGCAGUGCUUCGCUCUCUUCAGCGUGAUCUUAGACGCGAUAGACACCACCAUCGAAUUGGUCGCGCCCGGGAUGUUGCUCGAGAGGCAUUGGCUGAGUCCCAGUCAGCUUCGAGAGUACGAGGAGGUGAUUCAUUCUUGGACGCCCGCCACUGUUAUAUCAGCUUUAAUCGACAAAGGCCUCGAGGAAGCGACCCUUAAGAACCCUUUGAACGAUCGACAGGAGACCGUGUGGGAGAUAGUGAGCUGUGGACUACCGUUGAUGGAAAAUUGUGUGCCAGGUCCAAAGCAACCGGUCAAGUACAUAAAACCCGCCGUGCAGAGGCGACUCGCGCAGAUGCUGGACCCACCUGAUCACCACGGGAGAGAUUGGUGUCUGCUUGCUGUGAGACUCGGCUUGGGCGAUCGUGUUGCCCAAUUGGAUAGUACAGUGGAUAGCCCGACGUUGAGAUUGCUGAAUUGUGCGGGUGCAGAGUGCACCGUCGGCUCGCUGGUGCAACAAUUGCGGGCGCUCGACCGCGAGGAUGCCGUGCACCUGUUGCUCACGUACACACCAACUUACGUGCUAUUAAUGUCUGUUGACUCCGAGACAGGGUCUAAUCUCUCCAGAUGACGAUGCUGCUCCUAUCAGUGGCGCAUUAGCACCUUUUAGGUUUCUCCCGAUGUCGUGCGCCUAUAUGCGUACGCGCGUCUUUAAUGAAUUCAUAGCAUUGUCUCUAUUUCCGCCCAAUGAAAAGCCGUACGUUAAUUUAAGUAUAUGUAUAUCGUGAUACGUAAUUUAACUUUAGCGAUUGAUCGCGCUGCACUUAGGACUUGAGCGACAUAGAAGAAGCCUGUGACUUCUUUCGUUUCGUGCUUUCUCGUUCUUCUAAUUUCUCUUUUAUAUUGUACUUAUUAGCCCGCAAGGUAUUUGUUCAAGUAUAUACCCGUAUAUUAUGUUCGAUUAAUUACAGCGAGCGAAAAAUUGAUAUCUUUCGUUGACGCUUCUCGAUUGUUGGUUAUUGUAUAUGUAAUCAGCGUCAUCUAUGCCAUACCAUUCCCUGAAGCGAGAAUUAUAUGAUUUUCUGCCUUAUACUUAAAGUUGAAUAUUGCAUAAGUAACUUUAAUUAUAAUAGUAAGGAUUAUAACGACUAUUAUAUUAGAGCGAUUUCAACUUUACGCCUAUGUAAGGUGCAUGUAUAAGUUUGAAAAUCGUGUAAGAUUCAUAAUCAUUCUCGAUUUGGGAAUGGCAUGUACACGGUGCCGAUCGUAUUACGGGUUUCCGCGUUACUUAACGCUCGUUUGUCUUUCUUUUUUACUUGAUCGUUGCGUUAGUGGUCAACGUCGCGCAUUAUCCGCGCGACAGUAUUGUACUGUUUGUUACGCAGUUUGCGUUUCUCCUCGUUAUUACGAAGCUGUUGUGCCAGGGAAAGUGAUGCAUUUACACAUUACGAUGCGAUAUAAUCGUAUUUGAUAUCGAUAUAUUGUUUCGAGUGCUUUUCUUGAUAUGCAUAUAUACAUAUAUUACAUCUUUGCCAAAACUCUAUGUCAAUAUGCACCGCUUUUUUUUUUUUUUUAGUACCGAAGGUACUCGUCGUGAGACAUGCGUAUGCGCAUGGAGAACGAAACGAUCAUCCGCACAGUCUGUUACUUUGGAAUAUAUCGUCUGUGUGUUCGCACGAUGGUGUGGCAAAAAAAAAUGCGUAUUUCUACCGAAUUGUAAUCUACUCGACGUCUUUACUGUGUGCCAUGUUCGAAGAAAAAAAAAAUUACCACGGUAUAUAUGAUACUUGAAGAUGAGCUAUACUUCUUAUUGUCAAAUAGGAAUUCGAUCCUUCUGAGACACCCGAAACAAUUAAACGACGUUACUCCGAUCGUUGGCAACUACGAAAGUCUGUUUGCGAAUCUGUACUCGCAAAUUGAUCGCGAAACGAUCUCACACCGUACGUGUGUCUAACAGUUUAAGAAGUGUUUACGAUUAAUAGUGAAAUCAUUCGUAUCGAAACAUCCGUAGAAUCUUUCACUCGCGUAGCCUCUCUACUGUCUUUCUAUCUCGUCACGCGCAUCAUCCCAUAGUAGCUUACACCGACAAGUUAUGUGUUACACAAUUUCUGACAGACUGUUGUAAAGAAAAGAAAUUAACUGGUAAAACGAUUAAAUAUAUCUUUCGCUAGAUUUAA